UCAGGUGUCAAUGGUCAGGAGAACCCUAGGAAAUACAGGAGUGCAAGUGGCUUGCUGGUCAUACAUUUUCAUCCAUUACGCCCUUCUUGUUGCUUACGUGGCUCGUUCUUCAGAUAUAUUGACAAACUUCAGCGGGAUUCCAUUUCUAAUCAGGGAAAGAAGAAGAAGGCUACAGCUCCACAAGAUCAAAGAUCAUAGAGACAGAUGGGUGGAAGGAGAGGAUAACAUUGCAAAAGCCGCUAUUAGACACUUCCACAAGAGAUUCAACAUCAAGCAUCAAUUCAAUGAUAAUGAGAUACUUGAAUGCAUUCCCAGGAUUAUCACUGAAGAAGACAACAUUGUCCUGACUACCAUUCCUAAUACAGAGGAAAUCAGAGAUGUUGUUUUUGAUAUGGGUGCUAAUAGUGCAGCUGGUCCUGAUGGCUUUAACGACACCUUUUUUCAGAAAUGUUGGGAUAUAAUCAAAGAUGAUAUCACUGGCUUCAUGCAAGAAAUUUUCAAUGGAAAGAGACUAACUAAGUUCUUCUCACACACAUGCCUGGUUCUGCUUCCUAAAGUAGAAUCUCCUGUAGCUUUUCAGAACUUCGACCCAUCAGUCUAAGUAAUUUCACUGCUAAGAUCAUAUCCAAAAUCCUUUCGAGAAGACUAAAUCCUAUGCUUUAUAGACUCAUUUAAGAGAACCAAAGUGGGUUCGUCAAAGGAAGAUCCAUCACUGAAAAUAUUUUGCUAGCACAAGAGAUCAUACAGAACAUCAAGCAUAAAAACUAUGGGGGUAACGUUAUUAUCAAAUUAGACAUGGAGAAAGCAUAUGACAGAAUGUCCUGGAGCUUUAUCAUGUCAGUUUUGAGAAAAUUUCGCUUCUCGGAAGAAUGGAUUGACAUCAUUUGGGGCCUGGUUAAUGAAGUCUGGUACUCUAUUAUUAUUAAUGGUAAUAGGAAAUGGCUUCUUUACCUCAUCUCAUGGCUUGAAACAGGGAGAUCCACUGUCCCCUUCUUUGUUUAUUAUUAGUGCAGAAGUGCUAACCAGAUCCUUGAAUAAUCUUUUCAUAUGUGAAAAUUUUACUCCUUCCAGCAUGAAUAGCAGAGGUCCAAAUAUCAAUCACCUUGCAUAUGCCGACGACAUUGUCAUAUUC